UUUUCUAUAUUUUCAAUCUCUCCCCUUCAACAACCCUAAGUUUUGGUUCUUCAUUUCCAACACUCUCGUCCUAAUCAUUGCUGCGUGUGGAUUAUGGUUCAUUCUCUUCCUCGUCAAAAGGCAUUAAUAAACAUGAUAUUUAUGAAGAGCACGUGGUAAUGAGGAGGCAAAGAAGUGUUCCAACAUCCCCCUCAUCAGCAUACUCGGAAUUUAUCAAGACAGUACGCUUGAAUGAAGAAACGAUAAAUAAAGAGAGUCGAGAAAAGACACGAGCUGCCCACCAAAGAAAAUUGCCAGUUGUUCAUGAAAGUGUUGAACAUGAAAGUCCUUCCUCCGUUAAUUCCCAGGAGAGAAAGAGGCUAGAAACUAGUGCCGUAAGAAGUGGUGAAGCUAUUCGUCACAAGAAGAAGGCUGUUGUACCAAAAGCUUUACAACGUAGCAAGUCGGAGAUUGUUAAGCGGGUGGUGAUUGAUGAGAGUAAGAACAUUAUACGUAGAAUAGAAACUGAAAACUAUGAGCCACCAGACUCUGUUGAAGAAAAAAAUGAGUACGCAAAUAUGUCCAAUGAAGAUUUAAAUAGAAGAGUUGAGGAGUUCAUUCAGAGGUUCAAUAAGCAAGUUCGGCUUCAAGGAGAAGUUUAUUCAAGAAAAUAGGGAUCGAGAUAAUAAAAGAUCACCCUUUUGCUGUCUUCGUGCUUAUGUCCGUGUCUGUGUCUUGCCUUCCACUUGGCUACUAUAUAUUUUACUUAGUUUUUCUUAGUGUGCAACUGCUUUAGACUUUUUCCAUGCUGCAGUAUUCUUGCCUUUGUAUAGGAACUUGUUUUCCUUGUGUGGUUAUGUUCCUUUUGCACUAAUAAUUUAAUUUAUGUUCAUUGUUUCAAAAUUAA